AUGGAUCCGAUGGAACCUCACUUUUACAAGGAUCACCACGUCACUUAUGAGAGCUUUUUCACAAGCCCUGCUCUCGUCUACGACCUUCUGGAUAAGCGGUCUCACAGUACCGGCACGGUCAUCAACACUCGAAAGGGGAUGCCUUCCAGUUUCAAAACCACACCAAUUCAGAAGGGAGAGAUUCGCGUGAAAACACGAGGUGGAGUCAUGGCAAUUCUUUGGGCAGACAAAAGAGUUGUUUCAUUAGUAACUACAACCGGUUCCCCACGAACCUUAGCGAGGCUCAUCGAGAGGCAUUUUCCGUCCGUCAUUCCAGAAGGGAAAAGGAAGAAGUGCGUGGUGUGUGCUGGAAAUGACCGUUUCAGAAAAACACGCAUCCAGUGGUGGUGUCAAGACUGUGAAGUUGUAGACCUUUUAACAAAGGUUUAUGAACAGUUUUCAAUAGAAAGUCAGGAGGGAAGGGUAAAAUACCUGCAAAAUCCUCUGAAGAGAUUAUCAGUUGCUACAGGAAUAUCUGAGAAAACAUUGAAGGGGAAAGUAGACCCUGAUCCGGUCGAAAUGGUGGUGGAGGACAUGCAAGUUCUAGCUCCAAAGAAGAAACGCGGUCCCAGUAGAAAGCUUGAUGACUUCGAUGAAGACUAUGUGAAGAGGACCAUUCAUGAUAUGCAGUUGAAGGGCCAGUACGUUUCCCUUCGUCGACUGUCAGAUGUUCUAGUAGAAAGGGGAGUCAGGAUCACUAAGACACCACUGGGGAGACUUGUGAAGGAUCUUGGGUUCAAAUUCUACAAAGCAGGUUCCAACCGACGUUACAUCGGGGAGAGGAAUGACAUCGUAAGUAUGCGACAUACUUACCUGAGGUCCAUUAGGAAGUUUAGAGAGGAGGGUCGUCCUAUUGUGUAUUUGGAUGAGACUUGGUUGAACACCAAUCAUGUAGCGAGGGGAGAUUGGGUGGACUGUCCUAGGACAUCUACCUCUGCCUUUGAGGCACAUCGUGGAGGUCAUGGGCGUUUUGUCCCAUCUGGGAAAGGCUCUCGUCUGAUAAUUGUGGAUGCAGGUUCUUCGGCUGUGGGCAUGAUCCCAGGAUCUGCCCUCAUUUUCGAGUCGAAAACAGGCAACCAGGAUUAUCACGACGAGAUGAACUCAGAAAACUUCACAAAGUGGUUCACUGAGCAGUUGCUCCCUAACCUACCGGCUAAUUCAGUCAUCGUGAUGGAUAAUGCUUCCUAUCACAGUCAUCUGGAUCCUGAGUCUAGGUGUCCAACUUCCUCGGCACCGAAGGCUGAGAUCCAGUCUUGGCUUGAUAGUAAAGGUAUCCAUUACAAUCCGCGAAUGAUCAAGGCUGAAUUGGUCACAUUGGUGAAGCAGCAUAAGCCUCGUCCUAAAUAUGUGAUAGACGAUUUGGCUUCACAGUCAGGUCACACUGUUUUGCAUCUACCUCCCUAUCAUUGUGAGCUUAAUCCUAUCGAGUUGGUCUGGGCUGAAUUAAAAAGUUUCGUCGCCAGGAGCAAUGCCACAUUUAAGAAAGAGAAAGUGAAGGAACUCUUUAUUCAGGCUAGAUCAACUUAUGGGGUUGAGAAGAGGCGUAAGGUGGAGAGUCACGUGAUAAGAGAGGUCGAAGAAAAACUGUGGAAACUCGACUGAGUCCAGGAUGAGGAGGUUGCUCCUGUGGUCAUAGACUUGACGGACUCGGAAGACAGUGACAGUGACAUGGACACAGAUUCUGGUGAUGACGAAAAUGACUCUGACUCUGACGAAUCCAUGGGCUUCGUUGAGGAGUCUGACGAUGAAGUCACUUGUUGCAUAUGUGGUGAUUACAAUGCUCCUGGAAAGUCUCGAAAGAUUGUUUGGGUUGAGUGUGAAGUGUGUAAGAGGUGGAGUCACCGCAUAUGUAACAAGCCCUCUCUAAAGUCAGGUAAGUGUGUCCAAUGUUGGAACGCUUUGUAUGGAUUGAACACCGUUCCUUCAUGAGCCUCCCCAUGGUGCCUGGAGAACUGC